UUAAAACUUUUGGUUAAAUUGCUAGAACCCUAAAAAAUGUACUCGCGGGGAAAGUUCCCGCGAUGCCUCAGAUUGCAACGUUAUUUCGGUGAAGUGACUGUGCGGCUGGGUUGUGUCUCGUGAUGCGACUGAGAGCGGGGGGGGGGGUUUAACAACGGCGUCGGUCUGGAGAAGCUGAGCCUGAGACACAGAGAGAGCGUGUGUUGUUUUGAAAUUGCUAGAAGACACGGAGUGGAGGGGUGGUUAGGCCCUGUUUAAAAGAUGGCGGAUGUAGAAGGCGAUGAAAUCCAGUCGGCUCUCACUCCAGCAACCCUUAACGGACCUGAUGUCGGUACCGCGGGUCAGAAUGUAACCACGCUGACGUCAGGUCCAAGGGUAGUGAGGAUUGUCAAGUCGGAAUCUGGCUAUGGUUUCAAUGUUCGUGGUCAAGUGAGCGAAGGAGGACAACUGCGAAGCAUCAAUGGGGAAUUGUAUGCCCCCCUUCAGCAUGUCAGCGCUGUUUUACCCGGGGGUGCAGCAGACCGGGCUGGGAUAUCGAAGGGUGACAGGAUUCUUGAAGUAAACAGCGUGAGCGUUGAGGGGGCCACGCACAAGCAGGUGGUGGACCUGAUCCGGGCGGGGGAGAAGGAGCUGGUGCUGGCCGUGCUGUCGGUGCCGGCCCAGGAGGCAGAGGGGCUGGAGGCCGGCGACGAGGGCGCCAUCAACCCCACCUACGACUACGGGGACAAGCAGGCGGUGCCCAUCUCGGUGCCGAGCUACAAGCAGGUGGAGCAGCACGCCGAGAGGUUUGUGGUGUACAACGUGUUCAUGUCCGGCAGACAGUUGUGCUCCAAGCGCUACCGAGAGUUUUCCAUCCUCCACCAGAACCUGAAGAGGGAGUUUGCCACCUACAGCUUCCCCAAGCUGCCCGGGAAGUGGCCCUUCUCCCUCUCGGAGCAGCAGCUGGACGCACGGCGCCGGGGCCUGGAGGAGUACCUGGAGAGAGUCUGUUCAGUGCGGGUGAUCGGGGAGAGCGACAUAAUGCAAGAGUUCCUCUCUGAAUCUGAUGAGAAUUACAACGGCGUGUCAGACGUGGAGCUACGAAUAGCGCUUCCAGACAAGACUACAAUCUCUGUUCGAAUACGCAAGAACAGCACCACAGACCAGGUCUACCAGACGUUGAUGAUGAAGGUGGGGAUGGACAGUAUCAUGGCCAGCUACUUCGCCCUCUUUGAGGUCAUCAACCAGUCGUUUGUGCGUAAGCUGGCGCCCAACGAGUUCCCCCACAAGCUGUAUGUGCAGAACUACACGUCGGCAGUGCCGGGCACGUGCCUCGCGCUGCGCAAGUGGCUGUUCAGCACGGAGGAGGAGGAGCUGCUGCGCGACAACCUGCUGGCCCUGCACUACUGCUUCUACCAGGCGCUGGACGAUGUGAAGAAGGGAUUCAUCAAGAUGGAGGACAACUCCUACCAGCUGCAGAAGCUGGCAGAGCAGCGCAAGAUGACUGCGUACCUGAGCCUGCUGCGCUCCUGCGAGGGCUACAACGAGCUGCUCUUCCCCCACUGCUCCUGUGACUCCCGGAGGAAGGGCCACGUCAUCACGGCCAUCAGCAUCCAGCACUUCAAGCUGCACGCCUGCACCGAGGACGGCACGCUGGAGAACCAGGUGAUCGCGUUUGAGUGGGCUGAGAUGCAGCGGUGGGACACGGAUGAGGAGGGCGUGGCCUUCUGCUUCGAGUACGCCCGGGGAGAGAAGAAGCCGCGCUGGGUCAAAAUCUUCACGCCCUAUUUCAACUACAUGCAUGAGUGCUUUGAGCGAGUCUUCUGUGAGCUGAAGUGGCGGAAGCAGGUGGAGGAGGAGGAGUCGGACAAGGACAACAAGAACUGCACUGACAGUGAGUACCUGCCUCCCCUCAAGACGCAGCAGAAGGGAUGGCGCCACCUAGGGGGCGAGAUCGCCACCUCCUAAAAAAACAAAACAAAACCAACAACAUAAGAAAAGAAAACGACAAACCCCUGAACUUAAUCGCCAUGGGAACUAGAACCUCUCCAUUCAAGCUAUUACUGCUGUCACAACCCCCCCACCCCCCCUUCCCCCUCCUCAUCUGCAUCGUCAGACACAAAGGACGUCACGAUGGGUUUUGCAGAGACGGCAAUUGAAUGAAAAACAACCAGAAGGGAGGACAACCGAGAGGACACCCUUUGUAUGAUCUAUUGCUGCGGGAGGGGUCUUACUCACACCCAGCCCGCGGCCGUGAAGCAGGCACGCAAGCAGGAAACGCAUCAGAAGGAAGCCUAGACGGAGGCAGAAGGGGAAUAAUACUGGCUUUGUCAUUUUGAAAAAAAUGGAGGACCCCUCCACCCCCGGCUCAUAUCUUCUCCACUAUUUCCAUUUAUGCAUCAAAUAACAUGAUGGGACGGACGAGAAUUAUGCAAGCAGCACACAGUUCACCUACUCUACACUUCAGAGAGACGUGCCCAAGGCAGUGUCCCAGUGCAGCGCCGCUGGCCGCUGCAGAGGAGCGGUCGCCCCAGGCCGACUGGUCCCCGGUUCCCCCAGGAACACGUCCACAACGGUCGCUUCGCCAGAAAACCGUUUUUUGUUUUUAAUAUUUUUUUGAUUAAAAUUCCCACAAAAUAAUGAAUAACGGAAUCGAACGGCACUGUAAGGGUGGCUGCUUCGUCUCCUACAGCCCGCCCUACCCACCCAUCCGCCGUGUCUGUCCCCCUGUCCCUUUGGGUGUCUGUCUGCGGUCGACUGGUGUACACACAAUGUAGAAGCAUAUGCUUAGGUUUGAGUCAACGUCAUCAGUUGAGUAAAGUGUUUUACUUUUCAUUUAGUGGUGCAGGGGAGGGCCGGGAGCUGUCUGUAAUUAUUCUUUCACGUGACCGUUGUAGUCCUAAAAUGAGCGUAGAGGCUGCUGAUCAAUGUCGAUUCGGCUGCGGUUACCUCAACGCGCCAGCAGAGGGCAGUGUGUGAACGCAAACGGUUGCCCUGUCGUGCCGGCUGUCAACCCACACAGUGGACUUAUGGUGAGGUCAUUUUCCACCGUGCCAUUGACGUCUAAGCCCCCCGGCCCCUCACAGUAGUACCGCUCCACCGGAGCCAGUCUUCUCUCCCAACUAUUUAAACGUGAGAGCAGGGAAAAGGCAAACACGGCAUUGAGGCCCGACAGCAGACUGCUACGGGGGUCCUCCACUCACAGGUUGCAGUAUUAGGUGUGUGCGCGUGUUUCCGCGUGUCUCCAGGGGGAGGCCAGGAGCGAUUCUUGUUUUACCUUCAGUCAACGCAUGUCGUUUUUUAGUGUUUGUUCGUUUUGUUUGAAUGUAAAUACAUUGUAAGUGUAUUUCGAUAAUUUUGAAAGACGGCAUACAUUUUACCUUUUACAUUAAUUUGGACAUGCUCGCUCUCUCGUAGGCUAGCUCCGUAGAGCGCUGUAUGCCUCGUCUGCGUUGAGAGUAUUAAUAGUUGUGGGAGGACGGAUGGAUGCAGUGUCUUUAAUAUAUUAAGUGUUCUAUUUAAUUCCAUAGUGCUUUAUUUAUCCAGCGUCGCGCAGUCCUAAUCAAAAACGAAAAUAAACAACUCGCACUUAGUCUCCGAAAAUAACGAAUGAAUAAUUCAGGUUAAACUCAUCUUGGUUUGCGUCUUUUUGUUUUUAAUGUCACAUUUCAGAAUGAGUUAAUCAACACAUUAUGGUAAACAUAUUAUACAUUCUAUAAAAAAAAGAAAUAUGGUAUAAUUUUGUAUUUAAAUUGUUUUAUUUUCUUAAUGUUCUAUAUAUAUAUGUACUUUGUUUAUUUCAUUACCUUUUAUUUCUGUACCAGCAUUGCACCCUGCUUUGUGGCCCUAACGAGUCUGUUAAAGCCAGCCGAGGUGUGUGUGUGUGUGUGUGUGUGUGUGUGUGUGUGUGUGUGUGUGUGUGUGUGUGUGUGUGUGUGUGUGUGUGUGUGUGUGUGUGUGUGUGUGUGUGUGUGUGUGUGUGUGUGUGUGUGUGUGUGUGUGUGCUCCUGAUCUCUGUCUGUGCGUGUCUCUCUCCUUCAUACUUCUGUCUUUGGCCUCUGCUGUGAGGGGGAUGCCAAGGCAGCAUUUUCUACAAUGCCUGUGCAUCCCCCUCGCUCUGUCCCCCUCCCUUCUGGAACCCAGGGUCUUUAGGGGGAGCGGGGGCUGGGAGCGGUAAAUGAUAUAGCAAUACAAACUAUGUCAUAGUCUCCUGUUGGCUGUUUGUCACGCCGCAUGCCAGAAGCCACCUUGCUGAGAUUAAGCUCCAUCGCACUCUUGCUGACGGCCAGAGGAUGAAUGAAGGAGUCUGCGUAAAAAAGCUGUCGGUUGAGAUUAUGCAUCUCGGUCGCUUUUUCAUUUUUUUUUCCGCUUUCGUUGUCGGUCCAAUACACGUCCAUGCGGCUCUUGUUGUCAUCUCCUGGCAUCAUCCUCUGCCAUCCACAUCAAAGCCUAGAUUUUUCUGCCACAUUGGUUUGCGCACACAAUGUCGCAGCGUGUGCUCAUGCAGGCACACACGGUUCUGGCGCCAAUCGUUUAGGGGAUUUCCUUUUUGGGGGUGUUAUUGUCCUAGUAACGGGGCAGCCAGAACGAGAGGCCAACAGCGUCGGCACACGCGUCACCGUGGCAUCACCCCUGUGUGCGCCACGACACGCAUCACACUCAACCCUCGACUGCGCGUCUGAGAAUUCCUUUUUUAUAAAUGUUAACUCAUCUCUCCUUUUUGCAUCAACACCACCACCCCCCCCCCCCCCCCCCCGACGGUAUAUAGUCCGCCAGCAGCCACUAUGUGUUUAGGUUAGCUUCUGCGUUGACCUUGCAAACGCAUGCUGUUUUCGCUUCAAGGGCAUUCGAGCAACAGGCUUCUCGCUCUUUUUCUGGACUGAAGCGUGGUGCCGCUGACUAACACGGAGGACGUAGCCAGGUGGGGCUUUUCCAGUGGUUCGCUCGCUCUAAUUAAUUCGCUUUUCAGCAGCACACAAGGCUUGGUCCGUGGCAAGUAGGCAGCGACAUUAGUUAACAAAAAAGGUUGACAGAACUGAAGAAAAAAAAGCUGUAUGUCUUUGUGCUUGGCAUAACUUGUAAAUUAUUGUUAAAGAUUUGAAUAUAUUCUUUGGGUAAAAAAUGCACUCUUGGUUCUCUGUCUCAAAAUGUUAAUUUAUUUCAGCAGAGUUUUAGGGAUAGGCAGAAAUCCUAGUGUAGUUUUUUUGGGUGGGGGUGGGGAGGGGUCCGUCAAUCAUCUGUGUGUGUGUGUGUGUGUGUGUGUGUGUGUGGAAGGUGGUUGUUGGGUUGGUUACAUGGAGACGAGCUAUGUGAGAGGAAAAUCAAGUGUCAUAGUUAGUCAACGGUCUAAAGACGUGAAUUAAAAGCUGAUGCAGAUACAGAGAGUUUUAUAUCGGUCAAAAAUGAAUGACGGUUUACUAACCAAUCUAUGAAAAAAUAAGAAAUUGUCUAAAAAAUGUCAUGUAGAGUAAUAAAUUGUAACAUUAUUUUAAAUAAAGUUAUAUAUUGAAGAAAA